AUGAAUCACAACACCAACAUCCACUUUGGGAACCGGACACUGAUCCCACACGAUCUCCACGGCCGGAGUUACCAAGACCCAGCCGUAAGCAUCGUGCCACAUCCGUUCCCUCCCAACCGCGCUCAUCCGACGUUUGAAGGACCUAGCCGAGACGAGCAUCAUUACCAUCAUCAUCAAAACCGACCUCCGGUUUAUCAUCAACCACCUAGACCAGUGUUGCAUUCACACCACGACCAUGUUCUCAAUAGGCGGAGAGAUAGCCAUUUCGAUGCCGUGCUUGAGGGUUUCAUGGAGAGCCAAAGAAGAACUAGCCGCGACAUUGAGACAAAGCUAGAGUUCACGCGAUACGAACUAGAUGGAAGACUUGGAGAACUCUCUACCCAAAUAGAGAGAGUAGAGUCAAGAUGCUUGGACAUGGAGGAAGAUUUGAAGAAGCAAGGCGAGGCCAUUGAAGACAAUAGGAGAGCGAUACACUUUACCAAAGUUUCUACCAAGGAGAUGGACAAUCACUUAGAUGAGAAGAUCUCAAGUCUUGAUAACAACCUCGAUGGCACCACCAAGAGUCUCAAUUCAAUAACAGCAGUAGCUCAUCAAGCUAAGAGGGAGGUAGCCGAAGUAACCCUAAAGGAGAGGCAAUGUUACUCGACGAUGCUUACAUUGGUGGAAGGGCAAAAACAAGUGAAGGCACAAAUCCGAGAUUUACACAUCUCUCUAGACAAGAGGAGCCAAGAUAUUCAAAGAAGAGCUAGAGGGCUUGAAGACAAAGUAGAUGGAGUCUCCAAGGAAGUCAAGGAUUUAACCACUCGCUUAGCCAACUUGGAAGAGAAGGUCUUGACCGAGGCAAAGACGACCGUUCCUAAGCACAACAUGCCGCGCCCGUCUUUACUAUAA